CAAAGAUGAAUCCGCAGCUGUUAAGUUCUUGUAUUGGCAAAAGUAUAAAAAUAAAAAAAAAGGAAAAGUUCGGAGCGUUUAGUAUUGACAGCAUUUUGAGCACUGCAGAGGCUAAUUCAACGCUAAAUAGCCUAUCCAUAGACAAUGCAAAUGCUAUAUCAAGCGAUGUACCGAAACUGUAUGAAUUUAGCUUUCCUCAGAGAGUUCAAAAUAAAAAAACCCAAUUUACAAAUUUUGAUUUAUGCCACGGACACCCCCUCCAGAUUCCCUUUACAUUUGAUGACAGCACUGUCUCGCGCUUUGUAUGGCCAACAGACAAUAUUUUUCACUCUUACAUAAUCAACUCUACAAACUUCCAAGAAAAACAAAUGAGAAAGAAAUUUACUGACAGAAAACCUCGUCAAGCCUAUAGUGCCUCACAGCUGGAACGUCUUGAAAAUGAGUUUCAUUUAGACAAAUAUCUUAGCGUCAGCAAACGCGUUGAGCUGUCAAAGUCAUUAUCCUUGACGGAAGUUCAAGUAAAAACAUGGUUUCAAAAUCGUCGGACAAAAUGGAAGAAACAGUUGACUUCGCGGUUAAAAAUAGCACACAGACAUGGACUAUGGAUACCUACCAUUCCCAUUACAACUUUUAUUCCAAAUACAAACUAUGACAAUAUUGAAACCCAUUUACAAAUUAUUAAAUCUGAAAUAAAAUAA